GGGGACGUUGUCAGUUUGGAGCCGCUCCGCCAGCAUGCAGGACGUACCGGAGGAGUGGAGGGAAGAGAGAGGCGGAGACGGGAGGACGGGAGGCCCGGAGGGGAAGAAGAAGAAGAAGAAGGGCGAAGAGUCGCUGAUGAUGGAGCUGACGAGGCUGGUGCAGGAGGCGGUGGAGGGGAGCAGCUGGUGGGAGAGGAGGGGCAUCGACUGCAGCAUCCUGGCAGCAGCUUUCCUCUGUUUGCCACCUGCCUUCCUGCUGCUGGGCUCCUCUCAGGUUCUGCUGUUUUCGGCGGGCAUGCUGCUGAUGGGCGCGGCCCACGCCGUCAUCGCCUUCAAAGGGACACAUCUGGCCAGCCACGGGGCGCUGAGCGAGUCGCAGGCCUGGGGGAACUUCUGGGCCGUCUUCUUCAUCGAGGUCUGCGGCUCCUUCUCGGCGCGCGUCGGCGUUCAAGGUCACAUCAAGAUGCACCACGCUCACACCAACGUGGUCGGGCUGGGCGACUCCAGCGUGUGGAAGGUCCCCUGCCUGCCCCGCGCCAUCUACCUGUUCGUGGCCCCCCUGGCGGUGCCCGUCAUCACGCCGCUCGUUGCACUCGCUCACCUCAGAGGUCACCCCGUGGCCCACGUGGUCCGGACCGUCCUCAUGGUGGCGCUGGGCCUGUACUCGCAGUACUGGCUGCUGAUCCACGUCUCGGGCUUCCUGUCGCCUCUCAGCGUUCUGCUGUGCAUGCUGGCGUGCAGGGCGAUGUUCUCCGUGCCGUACAUCCACGUCAACAUCUUCCAGCACAUCGGCCUCCACAUGUUCGCCCCGACCAGCCGGCCCAAGCGGAUCUACCAGAUGACGCACGGCGUCCUGAACCUGCCCCGCAACGCGCUGCUGGACUGGAUGUGUGGUCACUCGCUCAUCAGCUGCCACGUGGAGCACCACCUCUUCCCCUUCCUGUCGGACAACAUGUGUCUAAAAGUGAAGCCCCUCGUGUCCAAAUAUCUGAUGGAGAAGCAGCUUCCGUACCAGGAGGACGGCUACUUCUCCCGCCUCGCCAUGUUCUUCCACAAGUACCAGGAGCUGAUGGUGUUUGCUCCGCCCAUCACGGAGCUGGUGGGGGUGCAGUGAUGGCGGGGACGGAUCGCCGCUUCACCUCAGCUGCUUUCACAAAGACGGAGAGAAGAAACGGUGAAUCAAUGUAGAAGUUACAGAAAUAUAAAUGUCAUGCUGUCAGCACGUGUUCCUCUCCGCUGUGUUUAAUGAAGCUUUUGUACAAUGUUUAACAUUUAAAUAAAAUAGUCUACUGAAGAAAUAUG